UCCAGUAUUCCUAUGUUUUGUAAAUAAAUAAUUCAACCGUCAAAAUUUAAUCUAGAAUCCAGUUAUCUUAGUUCCUGGGUCUUCAAACUUCCAUCACAGAUGAUUGGGAAAAUGCAUAGAUUAUCAAAAAUAUUCCAGCCUUCACUAGUUAUACCGAAAUCAGCCGUCAUAAAAAAUCAAGACACAACAUCGAAAAGUCAAAGGCUGAUGCUCGACCAGGGCUUGAUCCGUCAAGCUGGAAAUGGCACAUUCUACAUUUUACCACUGCUACAACGUUCUCUGCAGAAAGCCGUCGCUCUGGUGGAUUUUCAGAUGCAGCAACAUGUGGGAGCUGAAAAACUAACACUCCCAACAUUGAUCUCAUCGAAUUUGUGGCGCAAAAGUGGCCGGCUUGAAUUGGCAGAUGCCGAGUUGAUGAAAACUAUCGAUCGACAUGGGAAAACGCUGAUUCUGGGACCGACACACGAGGAGAGUAUCACAACUCUUAUAGCGGCUAUCUCACCAGUAUCGUAUCGCCAGUUUCCGCUCCGAUUGUACCAAAUAUCAACUAAGUUUAGGGAUGAAAUGAAACCAAGAUUCGGAUUGAUGCGGGCGAAAGAAUUCCUAAUGAAAGACUUGUACACCUUUGAUAUCGAUCUCAAGGAAGCUCACAAGACUUACGAGCUGAUAAACGAUACCUAUCGACAGCUGCUGGAAGUCAUCGGAGUGCCUUACGUAAAGGUACGCGGCGAUACAGGUCUCAUGGGAGGAUCUACUUCGCACGAGUACCAUUUUCUUAGCGAGGUAGGCGAGGAUCAGUUGAUGCACUGUAGUACUUGUGGAUUGAGCUAUAACCUGGAAGUUUUAUCUGAACAGAAGAAACCAUGCGAACGUUGCAAUAACAAAAAUUUUUCGAAGCAAACUGGAAUAGAAGUUGCGCAUGCAUUUAUACUAGAAGAUAAGUACAGCAAAGCUUUGGGAGCGCGGUUUUUAGAUCAGACUGGAAAACCGGGCGUUUUACAGAUGGGAUGUUACGGUAUUGGAAUAACACGAUUGAUAGCGGCUAGCAUAGAAGUCCAGUCCAGUGAAACGGAUAUUCGAUGGCCACUUGCGAUCGCUCCAUUCAAGGUUUGUGUGAUACCUCCGAAAGAAGGGAGUAAAGAAGAAACGGUGGCUGGUGCAUGGGCCGAAAAAUUGUUACAUGAAGUUUGUAAAAUACCGGGAUUAGAAUCUGACGUCCUCGUCGAUGACCGGAACAGUAUGACCAUCGGAAGGAGACUGAUGGAAGCCAAGAAAACUGGUUACCCGAUAGUGAUAGUGGUAGGUACUAAGGCCGCAAGUGAGAGUAAUGAGUUGUUUGAGAUAUACAAUCAGUUGCAAGAAACACAGAUUGUUCUAGGUUUUAAUGAAACCUUACUAGAAAUUGAUCGAAUUUGCCAUAAUCGGAAAAAAAUGAAAUGAAAUAGAUUUACAUUAAAUAGUUUAGAAAUGUACUAAUCUCUGUUAAGCAA